AUCCAAGAAAUAUUACGAAAUGAUGGUUAGUUUUCUGUUUGUCUCUAAUCAUUUUUGCUACAUGUUUUUCUGUAACUAUUUGGGACAAAAAGUGAUCGAUCAUAGCAGCGAUAUUUUUCAUAGAAUAUACAACGUACAAUGGUAUGUAGCUCCGUUAAGGGCGCAGAAAUUAUUACUUCUUAUGAUGCAAAGAAGUAUGCGACAUUGCACAUUUGUCGUUAAUGGUUUAUUCAUUCCAUCGUUUGAGGGAUUUGCAACGGUAAAAUUAAAACGGCUUGUAAGCAUGUCAAUUUCAUACUUUGCGGUAAUUUUUUCCCUCUUUUGAUUAUCUGCAUAAAAUGAAGAAGUGAAGUUUAAAAUUCC